AUGCUUCUUUCAUUCUUCGGAGCGCUCGUCGGCUACUGGGCCAUUCUCAAACACACGUCGCUGGUGACAGCAGCCUUCGCCGGCAAUGCCAACGCCCAAGCCCCGUUGACUGGCCUACCGGAAGCGUUAAAUCCAGAGCUCACGAACACCAUCGGAAACGACCUGAUCAAGCUCUAUUACAAUGGCACAGGCCCAGUCCCUUCGUAUGACAAGAAGUCCCCGAUACCCGAGCCCAUAACCCCUCUGAGUGGACAAGCAAUCGAGGCGUCGGUUGUGGAUGAACUGCUCUCCAUUGUUGAGACUCCGUACUACCCAGAUAUAUGCUCGAAAUGCGUCGCCGCGGGCCAAGUGCUCCAUGUUGCUGCCAUUACCCAGCCCGUCUCGGUCUUUACAAGCGUACUCAUCAAAGCAUGCAAUGCUCUUCCCCAGAUCAAGGCCAAGCUCAGGUCAGCGUCUUGUGAAUCGCACUUCAGCGGAGUCGGAGGAUUUGGCCCUUACCUGGCACAACUCUUCUCGAAGAUGUCCCUGGCAACGGGGGAUAUGCACCACUUCUGCUCCGUCAACUAUAAUCUCUGCACAGAGGAAGCUCCGAUCCUGAUCGACGAAGACUUGUACUUCACUCCAAAGCCAGAGUCAGCCAAUAUCGCCCCGGAACCUUCCGCUCAGACAUUCAAUGUGCUUCACCUCUCAGACUGGCACCUUGACCCCCGAUAUGACAUCGGAUCUGAAGGCAAUUGUUCAAACUACAUGUGCUGCCGGCCAUACUCGGUCAACACCGAGCUAUCCACUGAUUCUCGCAACCCUUCGAUCCCAGCCUCGAGAUUCGGAUCCUUUCUGUGCGACUCGCCUGCUGACCUGGCCCUUUCAGCUUUCGUCAAUAUGCCUGGUUUCUUCGACAUGGACGAUCUGGCUUUCAGCAUCUUCACCGGCGACAUCGUUUCGCAUGAUCCUGAAGAUAUACUUUCACAAGAUUAUGUCUCGUACGAAGAAGAGGUUACUUUCAAAGUUUUCAAGCGGAUGCUGGGCGAUAACAUACCCAUUUAUGCAGCACUUGGAAACCACGACACACUACCCGUCGGAUUCAACACUCCGCAUGCCAUGGACCCGGAUGCGACAAACAGCAGCAGCAAUAUCAUGCAAUGGAAUUAUGACCUCGUGUCUACCUUGUGGUCCAGCCACUCCUGGCUCAAUGAUACUGAAGCUGAGUUUGCGCGCACCCACUACGGUGCAUAUGCCACCACCACAUCUCAGGGAUUGCGUGUCAUUUCCUUGAACUCCGAUUUCUGGUACAAGGAGAACAUCUUCAACUAUUGGAACGUCACCAAUCCAGAUCCCAGCGGCAUCCUGAAGUGGCUGGCAGACGAGCUCUCAGCGUGCGAGAAGAGAGGUCAGCGAGCCUGGAUCAUUGCUCAUGUGCUGUCCGGGUAUGAUGGCGCCUCGCCAAUGCCGAAUCCAACGGCGUUGUUCUAUUCUAUAGUGCGCAGGUUCUCCCCCGCCACCAUUGCAGCAAUCUUCUUCGGACACACGCACCAAGAUCAAUUGCAGAUCUUCUAUGACUAUCUUCCAUCCUCGCAGGUCUCCGUCUCCGAUCCCAGCAACCCAGACGUGCCACGCACCCUCCGUGACACCACUCAAAUUGACAUCGCUAAGCCCCUGCAAGUGUCUUACAUCGGUCCUUCGAUCACCCCUCUGACAGGUCUAAACUCCGGCUAUCGAGUCUACCAGGUCGACAGCAAGACCUUCUCCAUCAUGGGCGCGCAGACAUACAUUGCGAACAUGAGCAACAGUCUGAAAUGGACAAAGCCAGUUUGGGAAUUCGAGUACGACACAAGAGAGGCGUAUUCAGUCAGGUUCAGUUUAGAAGACUCGGACCCGGACUCGGACUCGGACUCAACUGAACAACAACGGGACGACGGCGACAGCAAACACGGGCUAGGCAUCGAGUGGCCUUCUCAGUUACCUCUUAAUGCCACGUUUUGGCACCUUGUCACCGAGAAAAUGCUCAACGACACGGACUUUGCAGCCGAUCCACCGGCAAAAUCGCCGCUGCUCAAACUAUAUGAAUUGUACGAGGCCAAGUCUAGCACCCACCCUGAUCGUCGUGUCAGCGGCGGAACAGAGAGUCCGGAGCAAAAGAUCUGCUUCAUACGAGCCGGAAGCGGCUAUCUAGGCCGAUACUGCAAGGAGAGAUACGGUGGUGGUGAUGCGGGGAGUCUGAGAGAACGGGAGUUUGCGAUCAGGUAG